AUGGCUGAUAUACUUACUCCUAAUGAUAUAAAUUAGAUCCCAAAGGUUUAACUACAAGACCAAAUGGCAUCUCAGAACUAAGCACCUGCUGUACCAUAAGCAUAACAAAACAAUCCCAUUUUUGUAUAUCCUCCUCAAAUGUAAUCACAAAAUCAAGUGUUUUAUGCUAAAAAUCAAGUCCAACCUAUCUAGUACCCACAAUUAUAACAACCUCAGCUAUAUCUUUAAUAACCUUUAUUACCAAAUUAAUAAUAACAAUUACUUUAACCCUAGACAACCUAAAAACAGGAUCCUUUGAAGCACUAGAAGCUAAGCAACGCUGGCUAUAUGGAGAGAAGACAUUUUAACAUGUCAGUCUUAAAAUAUUUCUUGUUCUUUCAAGCCUUUGCUCUCCUUUUGUGUUUAUGUUCUUAUAGGAACGGCUUCGUAAAGCUUUCAUACAACUUGAAUGGGUAUUUCAAAUUACCCUUCUACAUUUUUGUUUCUGUAAUGAGCUUGUCCUUAUUGUAUUCAUACACAGCCCACAAAAGGUUAAGGGAUAAACAACUUAGAUUAAUUUUGGUCGUGGCUUAUACGUUGUCCUAUGGAUUUUUCUUUUAAGCUAUUUACUCCUCUACUUAUUAUUACGAUAAUUCCAAUUACUAUGGAAGUCAUCUGAGAACCUUCAGUGGUGAUAAUGAGAUUGUAAUUAUCAUACUGUGCUUCAUCAAUCUUGAAACUUAUUCCUUAUUUUCCUAUUGCAUGUAGGAAGUUGAACAACUAAGCAUAAAAAAGUCAUUCUGGUACAUAGUUUUACCAAAUGUCACUUUCGGAGGUAUUCUGUUCUCUCUUUAUUACAACUACGACAUAUUAUGUAUAAUGACAGUAGUGAGUUGCUGUUAUGGAUUUUAUCUCUAAUUUACACUAAAGAGAAUGAUCGAAUCUAAGAAAUUUAAAUUAAGAUCAGAUGAUGGUCAAUUUGCUGCAGUUUUGUUUAGCUUCCUAUUAUUGGUUCCAUUCUUUGAUUUGAAAUCCUUGAGCAAUAAAUAACAAGUGAAGAAACCCCAAAGUCAAAAUUCUGAAUAGAAAAAUGUACAAUGA